AUGAAUCACCAGAAUGAGGAAAAUCUUCACGAAGCAGUUUUUUCUGGCAACAUGGCGACGGUUCAAAAAAUUCUACAAAGAAAUCCAUCCUGUGUGAACCAUUGGAACCUUGAAUUCCGAACACCUUUGCACAUGGUAUACCAUCCCGUUUAUUUUUAUAAUCCUGCAACAGCUGAUGAAAGGCUAUCGAUAAUGCAAGUGCUUAUCGAGUAUGGAGUAGAUGUGAACAUGAGAGGCGGAUAUAUUAAUCUCGAAACAGCACUGCACAUGGUCGUCAAAAAGAAGCAGGACCACAAAACAUGUAUUCUCCUCGAGAUACUAUCCGAAAAAAGUGUUCACCUUCAUGAUAUUAUGGGCAAACCGGAUCUGCACUUAGCGGUCUGUGAAGGAGAAGAGGCAGUGGUCGAGGCACUUCUUCGAGAAGGGGCAGACGUCAAUGCCAGAGAUGUCUUUUUUGAGACACCUUUGCAUUUGUUGUCAAUGAAUAAAAAACCAUCCAGAAUUGCAUGUCUUCUUGUUAAGUAUGGAGUCGAUGAGACAACGCUCAUGUGUUCCUAUCCUACGGCACUUCCUCUCUUGUAUGUUUGUUCCUACUAUGAGCUUAUCGUUGCUAUUGCCCUGCGUUACAAACAAGUUAUCCAUCGAUUGAUCGAAAUGGACUACAUAGUUGAGAAAAACACGAACCAUUGCCAAGACAUCAACAGAGCACUAAAAGAAGCUGUUUUUACUCGCCAAUACGACAUCAUCAAUAUACUUUUGGAGUCUGGCUUCCAAAUAGAUCGGCGCUUCCCCCAUGAUGUACCUCGUUUUUCUGCAGUAUACCAGACAGGAUGUAAUUUAAGGACAGUAUGCUUGUUUCGGGAGUUUCAAGAUAGCGCAAUGAUUGGUCAAGCGACGAUUGAUAUCAUUGACAAAGUUCUUGCACGGAGACCAAUUGUAAAUGAACUAAUGAACCUACUAGUGUUUUACUAUGCCAUGGACUUGCAUUUGAAUAAAGUAAAUGUCGACUUAAUCCCACUCCAAGGACUAUUCGAAUCAUGCAAAGAGUUAUCGGAAAUUCUUGAUAAAUGUAGUGAUCAAUUGAGCGGUUUAAAGACUUUUAAAGUAGAAAGCAAAUCACUGUAUGACAUUGUUUUGAUGCAACAAGGUUCACUAGUGAAAUUAUUGAACAAUGAAAAUUAUGUCGAUGCUUCGAUAGAAAAGAUGGAGGUACUGAAAAUGGCGAAAGAUAAUUUGAACAGAGCUCUGCAAGGUGUUUUAAGUACAGUUGAUUUUGUAAAUCUGCCUGAUAAAAUUACGAUGAAAAUUUUAACUCAUUUACAUAUGAGGGAACUAAAGAAAAUAGCAGAAACCAGUGAAGUAGAUCCAUUGUGUAUUAACGAUUGGAAUCUGGAGUUCAAAACACCUCUGCACAUGGUCUACGAUCACAUAAAUGAUUUAAAUCCCGUGCAAGCUGAUGACCGACUACCUAUUAUGCAACUCCUUAUUAACUACGGGGCAGACGUAAAUACACGUGGACCUAGACAUGAAUCAGCGCUUCACUUAGCAGUUAGAAAACAGCAGAUCAAUGGGAUAAAACUUCUUCUGGAGAACCAUAGUAACCCUGACAUCCCAAACGAAUAUAAUGGCACAGCCUUGCACUUUGCGACACAUUAUAAACCUGGAAUCAUCAUGAAACUGUUGAUAAAGUAUAAAGCAAACCUUAAUACUGGUGACACAUUUGGAAAUACACCACUAGAUAUGACUAUCCGUCAUCGUAAUUUAAAUUUCUUUAAGAUACUCGUAAAGUACAGCGCAAAGAGUCUCCAUAUCUACGAUAUGAUAUCUGAAGUAUGUGAUGGCUCAUCAAAACAACGCGACCAAUUGUUUCUGAAGUAUUUACUGAAACACGCAUCCAGAUUGGACAUUAACAGAAAUUUUUCGCCCAAAGCUUUAUCUUACUAUUUAAUAUCAAAAAAGCACCCUAGAUAUCACAGAGGCAAAAGCAAUGAGCCUGAACUUUACGAAAUCAUCAUUAGUAUUGUUUGGGGAAACGUGGAAGUUGUAGAUCACUUGCUGGACACAUAUUUUAACAACGAGAUCAAAAGAAAUAGCUGUCAAGAUGCGAAUAGAGCGCUCAGUUUAGCGACACAAACAGGACAAUACAAGAUUGUUAAGCUGCUCCUUGAGUCCGGCUUCAGAGCUGAUGAGCGCUUUCCCUCUCAAGUACCUCACUUUGAUGCAACCAAUAGUAUCGAGGAUAACUUAAAAAUCAUCUGUUUAUUUUGGGAAUUCCAGGACGGCGUAACAAUUAGCCGAGCAAUAAUUAAUGCCUUUCGUCGCAUUGUUUUGGAUGAACCUGUGACUGAAUCAUCUUAUCUUUUGGUACUGGAAGAGUCGAAAAAAUUCAAGGCAGGUAACAUGACUUUCUACGACAUUUUGACAAUGCCAUUAAAUAAGAUUGUAAGAUGGCUAAACAACCCGAUGUAUUUUGAUAAUUUUUCACUGUAUAGUUCGAUACUUGAGGAGAAGAGAGAUCUUGAGUACAUAGGGAUAACCACUGACAGCCAGGUCAAGUAUUCCUUUGACUCUACUCCUACAGCCUUACUACUCGUAUUUUUUAGCCAGGCAAAUGGGUCAAUGGAUUCAGCAAGACUCGAGCUGCUGUACAAAAGCUAA